GGUCCGAAUCAAAAGCAGAGAAUCCAAAACCAACCGACCCAGAACUAGAGCUGAUAUCACAGACUCGUAUGAACUGCAGCCUUUGCUGAGAAGCAAAAUACGAAGCGGUCAUCGAUUGAUUGAAGGAAAAAAUGACCACAAACAGCCGAGAAGCCCGACGGAGGAAGAUCAUGGAGCGAGGGUCCGACCGGCUUGCCCUAAUCACGGGUCGGAUCCAAACCCUAUCCCCCUCCUCCUCUUUAUCUUCUUCACCACCGCCAGACCCAGCAACUCACAGUGAAGAUACAGACCUGCCAUCCCGGCCGUCGAUUUCCCCGGAUCAGAUUCCCAGAACCCACGUCCCAGAUCAAAUCCCAGUUUUCACUCCUGAGAUUGAGGAAAUGUGGUCAGCACCAUCAACGGUUCAGAAUGAAUCACCGACGUCCCAGACCGAAACCCACGUCCCUGGUCAAAUCCCAGUUUUCACUCCUGAGAUUGAGGAAAGACGGUCAUCAUCGUCAACGGUUCAGGAUGAAUCACCACCAUCAACUGUUCAGAAUGAGUCACGACCAUCAUCAUUGUCAUUUGAGAAGCCUAGACUUUUCACUGCGAGUAGAAUAAGUGGCGCCAUUGAAGCAUCAGAAAGGAUCCGAAUUUACAUUUCCAUGGCGAUUGCGGUACUGGUGGUUUUUUCCCAUCUGGGUUUUCCUUUACUGGGUAGUAAAUUGGUGAAAACCCUUAUGGGUUUUAGGCCUCUGUACCUGGUUUUGGUGACCAAUGUGACACUUGUGCUUGCUCGAAUUUUCGACAGCGGUCAACAAAGACACCACAGAGUGCCUGCCGGAAUUGGUGAGGGUCAAACUAUGAGUGGUAGCGAGUAUGAGUGGGCUGAGCGGUUAGGCAAGGCUUUAGGGAUAGGCUUGUUGGGGAAGAAGGUACUUGAUGCUCUGUUUAUGGAUUGUGCUGUGUAUGCAAUAAUUGUUGUUUGUGGCCUCUCUUUUGCUCAGUAGUUCAGCUAGGAGUAGGAUUUGUACGUUUUUUUUUCUGUGGUAUGGGAGUUUAUAUCAAUGAAACUGAUCAACUUUGCUUCCGAAUUUCUGAUAUUUUUGUUGUCCUGUGUCAUUUUGUAUUGGUUGGAAAUCUGCAGUUGGAGA